AGAGACCGUAGAGUGACGUCACAAUGAAAAGUUCACUUCCGGGAGACUGUUAUUAGUUUUAUAUUUCUAUCCGUUUUAUAAAUCUUUCCUUUGGAUUCUGACUUUUAACUCAAAUCAGAAUUAUCACUUAUUGAACUAAGUUCUGCAAGGUAUGUUUAUUUUCUAAAUUUUAUCUCUAAAACCAACCGACUCCUUUUAUUGAGCCAAUAAUCGUUUUAUUCCUUAAAAUCAUUUUUAGUAAAACUAUUCCCAAAAAAGUCAUUAAAGCCUUAAAAUUAAAAAUAUUCGACGUAGUCUUUGAUUUAGCAUGCUUAGCGAGGAAAAUAGUCUCUUUCAAUAUGAUUUCUUCAUGAAUAUAGAAACAUUGCCAAGUCAUUGGUCUGCCUAAUAUUCAACGCAGAGUUAGCAACAACCUACUUAUCUAUUUUUUAUACUUUUACCGUAGUUUAUUAGAUUAAAUUUUAAAGAUAAAUCAAGAAAUUUUCUUAUUACACAAGGUAAAUUAAAAUUUACUUAGGUAUGGUUAACCACAUCGAAAAAAUUUGCCAAAAAGAAAAAUAGAUUAGACCAUGUUUUAUUAAAUAGAAAUUGUAUUGACUGAAAAUCAGUAAAAUAAAUUUUCAUAAAUAGUUUAGUUUGAACACGAUUUUACCAUUUUUUUUAUUAAAUUUUAUUGAAUUUCGGUUAGUGAUUUUUUUCUGAUUAGCUGAGUACACAUUGCUAAUUUUUACUUACUCACCAAAAGCAAGGUGUGACCUUUUUCUUACUCAACCAACUCUUAGAUCAAGAUGAAAGUUCAAUUACGAAAUAUUGCGCUGAUUUAGACAAGCUAUUCGAUAUAACAAGUUAUAUAAUAAAAUGUAUAAUGAUUAAUUUUAAAAAAUAGAUAUUUUUAAUUUUAAACAAGUAUAUCCAAAUAUAGAAACUAUAUUUUCACUUUCGAAUUGAAUUGACUCUCUAUAAUCCGUUUAAUAUGGAAGAGAGGAAGAUAAAAAAAAUGGACGAUAACGAAAUGGAGGAAUGUGACAUGGGCAGUGAUGAAGAUUAUUACAAUGAUCCAGAUCCCGAUGUAACUCAUACUGAUAACGAUAAAGAUCCAGAAUCUUUCGAGUAUAAAAUUUUAGAAGUUGUUGAGGUAGAAAUGCUCUUAAACACAUCAGUUGAAACAAUGUGUAAAACAAUUGAUGUUUCUCCUUCGUUGGCAAAACUACUUUUACAUAACUAUUCUUGGAAUACUCAAAAGAUAGAGGCCGAAUAUAGACAAAACCCGGAACAAUUGUUGAUUAAUGGAAAGAUAAAACCUUCUAAAAUAGCUAAGGGUGUUAGCCGCAAAAACGAAUGCAUUGUCUGUGCUCAAGAAGUUGAUACGCUUUUGGGGGUUGAAUGUCGGCAUCGGUUUUGUGAGACAUGUUGGUGUCAACACUUCGAAGUUCAGAUACUGAAUGGAGUUUCGACUGCAAUUGGAUGUAUGGGAACUGACUGUACUGUUUUAAUGCCGGAAGAUUUCGUUCUUUCUAUAUUACGAUGCAGAAAUCAAUCUAAACUUAGUCAGCAAUAUCAGGAGCUAACAUUCAGAAGCUAUGUUUCUAACCAUCCUGAGCUGCUUUAUUGUCCUGGACCGAAUUGCACAGCUGUAAUACAAGCAAAAGCUAAGGAAGCCAAGAGAGUUGACUGCAAAAAAUGCAAAACUACGUUCUGCUUCAAAUGUGGAAUCGAUUAUCAUGCACCAGCCGAUUGCGAUACAAUUAAGAAAUGGCUGAUCAAGUGUGCCGAUGAUUCAGAGACGGCAAAUUACAUUAGCGCUCAUACUAAGGAUUGUCCUAAGUGCCAAGUAUGUAUUGAAAAAGAUGGUGGAUGUAAUCACAUGAAAUGUAAAAAAUGUGGUCACGAUUUCUGUUGGAUGUGUCUUGGGGAUUGGAGUGCACAUGGUUCGGAAUAUUAUGAAUGUUCGAAAUACAAAGAAAACCCUAAUAUUGCUAAUGAAUCUGAGCAUGCUCAAGCUAGGGAGGCUUUAAAGAAAUAUUUAUUUUAUUUUGAACGCUGGGCUAAUCACGACAAUUCUCUGCGAAAAGAGAAGGACAAAAUGAAGGAGAUUGCAAAACAAAUUGAAGAAAAGGUAACAACAAAAGACGGCACAUGGAUCGACUGGCAAUAUUUGAACAAAGCUGGUGAAUUGUUGCGAAGAUGUCGUUACACUCUUCAAUACACUUAUCCUUAUGCUUACUACAUGUUAAAAGGAGCUAGAAAAGAAUUGUUUGAAUAUCAACAAGCACAGCUGGAAAGUGCAGUAGAAGCAUUGUCUUAUGAUAUUGAAAGAGCUGUUUUGGACUCGCGUGGUGACAUUGAAAAUAAAAUGGACGUAGUUGAAAAGCGUCGCUUAACUCUAGUCCGAGAAUUCCUUGUAACGUAA